AUGACCCAUUAUACUCUUACAAACACCGAGUAUCUGGUCGCCGUCGUCACUGGUUGCGACAGCGGCUUUGGCGAAGAAAUCGUAAACGACCUCUACCAGCGUGGCGGUUACACCAUUUAUGCGACCUGUCUGACAUCUCAGGCUGUCGGCAGGUACCAAGUUAAGGAGUCGACCCGUCUUCGAGCAAUUCAAGUCGAUGUCACCAAGCAGGACGAUGUCAAUCGCCUUCGUGCCCAGAUUGAGGCCGAGUGUCCUCAGGGCGUCUACUGUGUCUUCAACAACGCCGGCAUCAAUGCCGGUGGAAACUUUGACUUGACCACGGAGGAUGCAUUCGAGCGCGUGAUGGAUGUCAAUUAUAUGGGUAUCAUCCGCAUCACCAAAGGCUUGCUCCCUUCCCUCCGCGCCUACGCAAAGUCCCGCCACACUCUCCCCGAUGGCCAAAAGCUCCCUCGUGCCCGUCUCAUCAGCGUAACCUCAGUCGCAGGUCGAACCAACGCCCCCGGCCUGGGACCUUACAGCGCCUCCAAACACGCAGCCGAGUCGAUCCUCGAUACCCUCCGCGUUGAACUCUCGCCUUGGGAGAUUGACGUCUCCAUGAUCGAGCCCUUCUUUGCCAAGACACCCAUCAUGACCAACAGUUUCACGGCCUUUGAGCAGAACUGGAAGAGAGCCGACGAUCACGUCCAUGCGAUGUACGGACCAGCGUUUGUCGAGAGUGUUCGCAAGCGAAGCCAGCUCUUAUAUGAGAAGGCCAUGCCCCCUCAAUGGGUCGUCCAAGCGGCUGUGAAUGCGAUUCACAAGAAGAAUGGAGCUCAAACGCCCAGGAUCUUGGUUGGGUUCUGGUAUGUCCGGUUCUUUGUCGCGUUCUUGGAGAGGGCCCCUGAGUGGAUGGCGGACGGAUUGUUGCGUUUGGGUAUGAGGAGUGGUGGGGUUUGGCCUGUUGACCCUUUCUUGUUGAAGGAUGGCAAGCGCGAUUAG